AUGCCCAAGACCGUGAGCGGACCAACCGGCGCGAGUCGUGCAUGCGACUCGUGCCACCGGAUGAAGAUCCGAUGUAUCGAUCGAGCCAGCCCGCCAUGCCGACGGUGCUCCACGAUGAAGAUCGACUGCACGUUCACGCUCGAGCAGACCCCCUCAUCUUACCGGAUCAAGAGCAAUCAGGAUCGCGUCGCGCACCUGGAGAACCAGAUGGACGAGGUCCAGAAGGGUAUGCGGAACAUGCAGAACCUGCUACGGAUCCUCGUGGAGCAAGGCAGCUCCAACACUCCAGACUCGGUGGGAGGACUUGGGCGGGUCAGACCAGCAACGCUUAACGAGUGGGUUCACUCGACUGCAUCACCGUUAAAUCGAGUGGCGUCGAGCGAUACUGUCGACACUGAGCCCCACACCGCUCUCCACGCCGUAACCCACCAUGACCACGGAAGUGUGCCGCUCUUCGCAUCGACACAUCCGGUUAUGGCCCAUGACUCAAACGCCGCGUCCGGGGAAGACUACGAGAAGGAAGACGAGGAGUUCUUGUUGGCCGCAGCGGCAGGGGCUGGGCUAAAGCACUUCAUGCACCGCGACGAAGAGGAGCGACUACGACAAGAGAGUCUGGCAUCGCCUUUGGGCGGUUCCAAGCCCUCGCCAAAAGGGAAGGGCCGAGGGACAACAGAGUCGAUGGGGCGCCUCUUCAAACGUCUGGGAGUGCCCAUUCCGACCCCGCGAGGCGACCUGUUGCACGAUUUUCCAGAUCCAGUCCAGUUGGGAUACUGCACGGAGGAGGAAGGACACCACCUGUUUGACCUGUAUUUCCAAGGCGCCCACGCCUUCCUUCCUGUUUUUGAUGUCACAAAGGAUACUUGGGCUAGUCUUCGAGCCAGGUCAUCGUUCUGUAUUACCGCAAUCAUGAUGGCCGGGCAGAUUGCCGCAGCUGGGAGUGCUCGCCCAUCAAGCGCUGCCAGCGCGUUGAGGCAGAAACUGAUUCAGCACGCCGAGAAGAUAGCGUUGACAACCGUCUUUUCUCCUGUCGCGAGUAUCGAAGCUGUACAAGCCAUGGUGAUUCUUGCCAAUUGGGGGGAUACAGCCUGGCGACCUGGGAACCACACACUCAGCCUGGCAUACGAUAUGGACCUGCACCUUUGCAUGCCUUACCUCGCCAACACGGGAAUGGGUCGUAACAAGACUCCCGAGGAGCUUGAACGCGAACGGCCGCUGGUGGCGGGGGCACGCAUCUGGCUUGCUACGAUGAAGACACACACCGAGAUGUGCCUCAACCACGGCCGCCCUAUAUUGUGCUCUGCCGAUGACGAGUCCAUAAAGCUGGGCCGUCUUUUCUUGGAACACCCACUGGCGACAAAGGAGGAUAGCCGUUGCCUAGUACUGUGCGAGGUCCUUGCCAUGCGGCAGCCUCUGUUUCGAGCAAUGAUCGGUGGUGUGCAGGGCGAGGAGCUGGACCGCCUGGUCUCCGAGGUGAUGCAAAGGCUACCAGAGUGGGAGAACUAUUGGCUGGACUACUACUCCAGGAUAGGGUUGGCAGACGAUGAUUUUAUGGUGACAGAGUUGGCGACCAUCAAGUACUACACCAUCCUCCAAGUCAAUAUCGCACUGGUAUCGGGAGUAAAGAGCAAACGAGACAUUCGCCAGUUAUCAAGCGAACGCCACGACGGCUUGGUAUUGGCGGUGAGAGCCGCAGCUGAGCUCGUUGCGAGAGCUGCCCGUGGUACAGAGAAUGCCAAGCUGCGCCAUGGAAACCGUAAUGUCCGCCUUGGAAUUGCUAGCGCGGCACGGUCACUUAUACGCAUGGCGAGCCUCAUGCCUGAGGCUAUCGACCUGCGGGAGGUGGCCAAAGACGUGGAGCUGCUGGCGGAUCAGCUUGCGCGCUACUUUUACUUCUCUCAGUUCCUUCACCACGUCGUCGUCGAAGCGCGGCGCAGACAAGAACUGCCAUCGGUGUCUGCCGUUCCCUCACCCCCUGCGGCGUCGUCGACUCUUGGAUCACUCGGCGGUGCAGAAGUGACCAACACCGGCAGGGAUGGCGAGUUGGACUUUGACUUCACCAUCGCAGAUGACAUUUUCGCGUCGGAAGACUGGAUGAGCAUCCUUGGCGCCGUCGGAUCGAGGGACCAGCAACCCGCUGUGGAGCCUAGCGCGGCGUUCCCGUUCUUGCCCCUGGGUGCGUGA